CCUUCUGCUCCUUCCCUCUCCCCUCCGGGGAAAGACUGGGACCCGGCAUUGGGGCUGUCCUGUGGCUGCUGCGGCCUCAGCUACUGCCGGGCCGGGGUACAGAAAGUCCAGACCGCUUCCAGGGCCCCUGGCCUUCUCGCUUAACACAACAGAAAGCCUUCCUCAAUCCAGGACGCAGGGGGAGUGGGGAGUGUGCCGGAGAAGGAGCAUAAAGCCAAGAGGGAGUGCUCCUGAUUGUGAUAUUACAUCCAUCCCCUUGGUGAUGGAGCUUGUCACUAGGAAGGAAGACUCAGUCGGAGAAUAGCCAACAAGAUGGGUUACUGGGAGCAUCUCCUGAGUGGCACUGAGUGGCGGCAUCAGGGGGUUGGAACCUUGUGAAAAGGGAACCUGCCCCCCAACACUUGGAAGGAUCUGGGUUUCAGUGAUGAGACAUGGGGUAUGAUGUAACCCGUUUCCAGGGGGAUGUUGAUGAAGACCUUAUCUGCCCUAUUUGCAGUGGAGUCUUGGAGGAGCCAGUACAGGCACCUCAUUGUGAGCAUGCUUUCUGCAAUGCCUGCAUCACCCAGUGGUUCUCUCAGCAGCAAACAUGUCCAGUGGACCGUAGCGUCGUGACGGUCGCCCACCUGCGCCCAGUACCUCGGAUCAUGCGGAACAUGUUGUCAAAGCUGCAGAUUGCCUGUGACAACGCUGUGUUUGGCUGCAGUGCCAUUGUCCGGCUUGACAACCUCAUGUCUCACCUCAGCGACUGUGAGCACAACCCGAAGCGGCCUGUGACAUGUGAACAGGGCUGCGGCCUGGAGAUGCCCAAAGAUGAGCUGCCAAACCACAAUUGCAUUAAGCACCUACGCUCAGUGGUACAGCAGCAGCAGACACGCAUCGCAGAGCUGGAGAAGACGUCAGCUGAGCACAAACACCAGCUGGCGGAGCAGAAACGGGACAUCCAGCUGCUAAAGGCAUACAUGCGUGCAAUCCGCAGUGUCAACCCCAACCUUCAGAACCUGGAGGAGACAAUUGAAUACAACGAGAUCCUAGAGUGGGUGAACUCCCUGCAGCCAGCAAGAGUGACCCGCUGGGGAGGGAUGAUCUCGACCCCAGAUGCUGUGCUUCAGGCUGUAAUCAAGCGCUCCCUCGUGGAGAGUGGCUGUCCUGCCUCUAUUGUCAACGAGCUGAUCGAAAAUGCCCAUGAGCGUAGCUGGCCCCAGGGUCUGGCCACACUAGAGACAAGACAGAUGAACCGGCGCUACUAUGAAAACUACGUGGCCAAGCGCAUUCCCGGCAAACAGGCUGUUGUUGUGAUGGCCUGUGAGAACCAGCAUAUGGGUGAUGACAUGGUGCAGGAGCCAGGGCUUGUCAUGAUAUUUGCGCAUGGCGUGGAGGAGAUAUAGGAGAACUUGACGGGCUGUCAGGAAAAGAUGGAAAUCAGGAAAUCCCACCACUGCAGCAGCUGGACCCUAAGUCCUCCCCAUUAUCCUUAGUAUUGUGGCUAAACUUGAGCCAUACAUCUCCCUGCUCUUCUGGCACUGAAGGGCCCUGGCGCACUUUGCUCAACCUUUCAAGGUGGGAAACCCAGAUUCCCUCCUUUUGCCAUGUUUCUUCCCCUAAAGUGUCUGUAAAUUCUCAGUCCAUGUGGGAAAGUCCCCAUCUUUAUCUAUUUUCCUGCCUCAGGUCCCUGGUUCCAGAUAUUUUUAGAAAGCACAAAGAGAUUCAUUUUCCUUAAGAGGAUCAGGGUGGAGUGAGGAAUCUUUAAUUAUCCCCCUCCUCCGAAACCAGGGAAUCAGAGCAGGCAGACCUGUUGACUCUAAGCCACAUUUAGAUGGCAGCUCUGGGGAGCAGACAUCCUGAAGAAAUGGUGAAGGUGCAACCAAAACCCUAGAAAUAAAGUGAGGCCAGCCUUGGGAGAAGAUGGGACCUCUAUGCCAAGCAAUAUCCCUGUUCAGUCCACCUUAAAGGUGCAGGCUAAGGCCUAAAAUUUCCAGAUGAGUUCUUCUUUCCUGCACUUUUUCAUAGUUACGGCAUGACAGGGUUGGGGGUAGGGGUUAGUCUGUUGGAGCUGAUGUGCUCAGCAAGAAGUUGCUCUCUGCUUUUGCUGAAAGAGGGUAGGCACUGCCUCUUGUGGCACAGGCUAUGAUAGUUCCGUAGACCCCUCUCCAGCCCUGUGAUUGUAGUUAGUUAUUUUGGUAAGUUUCUUUGGCCACUGUUUGUUUAUAUUUCACAAUCCCCACCUGCUCUCCAUUUCUUUCUUUUUUUUAUUUUUAAGAAUGGCCUGGUUAUGGCUACUCCACUUUGUAGCUCAGUCACACUGUUGGCAAUUUAAUUUAUUUAUCUCCUUUUUUUUUAAAGAAAGGAUAAAAGAAAAAAAAAUCAAAACUUAAAACUUUUCUUUUGCUGUUCCUAUUGUGGGGAUUCUGGAUAGGGUGGGACAGGGAUGGGGUCUGUUUUAUAUUCUUCCUUUUCAGCAUAAACUUUGGCUUUGAUAUAGGAAGAGCCAAGUGAGUUCUUGGCUGAACUUACGAUGUCUGUCCCAACCCUCUAUAACCUCAUCUGAAAUGAAGAGCUUCCUCUACUCCCAUGAUGGAUGUGACAGUCCAGCAUUGAUUCCUGUGCUCCCUGGAGAAAUUUGCUCCCAGCUCUUCCAGGGUCUCAUCAUAAAACUCUGAAUUUAAAGUAUUAAUUUUGAAGACACCCGCCUCCUCCCCUUCCUUGGAGCUAUACAGCUGGGUUCUAAGCUUCACAAAGCAAAUGGGAUAGAAAUUAUAUCUCUAUGUCUUUAAGUACAGGCUAUGCUCUGCCUCAUCCAUGCCCCCAUUUCAGGUUACCUGGGGCAUUCCUUGAUCCCUAGGAUGACUGGCAGAAUAAGAGAAGGGGAAGGAUAGUAGUCGUGUUUAUUUUAAUAUGCUGGUGGGAGUGGGGUUGGAGAGAGAUUGAAAGGCUCUUCCCCAGUCUGUAACAGCUUCUUCUGUUUUUGGAGUUUUAUUCCAGGCCAGCUUGCUCUAGGUCUGGUUAGUUGAGUCAUGGCUCCACUGAGAUUGGGGUGGAGGUGUACAGCUUGAGGGGAGUAGGAACAGUCAUAUGUUCUAGCUCCAGGAUAUUGUGCUCAGGAAUUUGAAAACGCUGCUAUUGUUAGUCUGGUUAUAUUUUUUCCACUCCCCUUUGCCCCUGCCUGCCUUACCAAGGCCCAUACUCUCCUGUCCUAACCCUCAUAUGGAGCCAGGGAACUUGGUUAAAGCUUCCCUACCCUUUGCACUAGUAUCUCUGCAGGUUGCUGGUUGUGUUGUGUGUGCUGUUCCAUGGUGCACUAAUAAUAAACCUUUUUACUGAACUCUAAAUUAUUAAUUCAGCAUCACUCUCCUUCUUGUGAAGGAAGGUUUCUCCUCUGCUUUGGCUUUUCUCUCACCUUAAUUCCCCUUCUUCCUUGCUUUGUAACCUACCCUUAUCUUAGAACUAACCUGUUUCUGGAGGAUGUCUGUCUGGUAACAGUGUGCCCUCCUACAGCCUUCCCUCCUGUCUCCUGUUCUGUAGCAGCCAAAGCUCACUCUCCAGUGAUCUGAAUUGUGUUCCUUCCAGGGUCUGCCUUUACCCUAAAUAUCAUGUCUUCCCUAGUGCUUCCUGGGAUUUUGGGAUACUUUCUACGGAAGAAAUGCAUGCCCCCUUUCCGCUGUCCCAUAAGCACCUUUGCUUUGGAAUAUAAAAUUCCAUUGCAUACAGGGAAGCCUCCACCCCCUAAUAUGUCCUAACCAAAAAAGUAAAUGUGAGGAAGGGAACCUGAAAUAACUAUACCUGCUGUGGUUGUCAAACCUAGAUAAAGCAUUUGCUUCCACCUUCUCCCUGUCAUGAGAAAAAGGAAAUCUCCCCUCCCCACUAGAACUGUAUUUUAAAUUUGUUGAGCAUUUACCAUAUACCUAAUGUAAACCUGAUAGUACUCCAGAUACUCCAGUGGAUUGACGGGAAAAAGGCAUUUCUGUGCUGAGUCUGCUUUCAUACGCACAAGGUAUGAUUAUAAAAUAAUGAUGAACACGUCACAAUGUACAGCAUAAGCAGCAAUAUAUGUACUCUAGUGA